AUGUCUCAGCGAUCCCAGCCUGCGUCCGCAUCGUACGACUACUACGGCUAUAGUAAUACACAGACAUCCCGUCCAGGAACUCGCAGAAACACUGCGAGACCAUCGACUGCACGGCCAAGGACUGGCGCUUCUACAAUCGCAAGGGUCGAUGCUCAACACGUCGUCUGUGCCAUUGCCGAAUCUCGUGGCAUCUCCCCCACCGUCGGCUUGGCCUUUGUAAACCUCGAUACAGCAGAAGCAGUACUCUGUCAAAUCUGCGACAGCCAGACUUUCGUUCGAACAGUCCACAAACUCAAGGUCUACGGGCCUUCAGAGAUCCUAAUCGUGUCCACUGCAGCAAGUCCAAAGUCAAAGCUCUUCUCCAUCAUAGAGGAGAACAUUGACGACAUUGGCAGUAAGCUAACCCUGCUUGAUCGGCGCUAUUGGGCCGAAUCGACAGGAUAUGACUACAUUCACUCGCUAGCCUUCAGGGAAGAUGUCGAAGCUAUCAACAUUUCUGUCAUGGGUAACUACUAUGCUGUCUGCUGUAUUGCUGCGGCGCUCAAGUACAUCGAUUUGGGCCUAGGUAUGGUUUUCACGAUGCACUCACUCAGGAUAAGGUAUGAGCCUUCCGAAGGAUCGAUGAUGAUCGACGUCUCCACAAUCUAUUCACUUGAACUGGUCCAAAAUCUUCGUGACCCAAAAUCCAGGGACUGUCUCUUUGGCCUCCUUAACGAGACCCUGACACCUAUGGGUGCACGACUUCUGCGGAACAAUGUCCUACAACCACUCACUGACCCAGAAAUGCUCAACACCCGGUAUGCUGCCGUAGACGACAUGACUAAGAAGGAAGAGUUGUUCUUUGCAACUCGGGCAGCAUUGAAGAACUUCCUCGACGCUGAUCGGAUACUGACUGCACUCAUUGUCACACCAAACAAGGUUACUCUGCAAACGACAGAGCAGGCUAUCAAUCAAGUCAUCAUGCUAAAGCAAUUUGUUCAUUCUGUGAAUCCCAUAUUCGAGGCUCUCACUGGGACCUCAGCCACUAUGCUGAACAACGUCCGCGAACUAUGUGCUCCGGAAAAUGUGGCACCCGUACAGGAACUCAUCGAUAUCGUGAUCAACGAGGACACGAUAUACGCCAGACAACCUCUGGAAUUGAGGAAUCAGCGUAUAUAUGCUGUCAAAUCCGGUGUUAACGGUCUACUCGAUGUGGCUCGUACUACUUACAAAGAAGCUACCGAGGAUGCAUACCAGCACUCAACCGAACUUAGUCACGAAUAUGACAUCAGACUUGAUCUCAAGUUUGAAAACGCUCGUCAGUUUUAUAUCAAGAUUGCCACAUCCGAACUUGAAGACAAGGUUUUGCCACCGAUAUUUACCAACGUGAUCCGUCGCAAGAACUACAUCGAGUGCCAGACUCUGGAGUUGAUGAAGCGUAACCAGAAGGCAUGCGACCAAGCUGUAGAGACUCUCAUAGAUGGAGUCCGAAGCCACAUGUCUGUCAUGUUCAAGAUCUGCGAAGCUAUAGCGAUGCUUGACAUGAUUGGUGCGUUCGCACAGCUGGUCACCGUCAACAAUUACACUCAGCCACAGCUUACCGACACGUUGGCAAUUGACGCUGGACGACACCCAAUCAAGGAAAAGAUCAUGCAGACUAAAUUUGUCCCCAAUGAUGUUUAUGCCACGCAGCAGACUCGAUUCCAGAUCAUCACUGGCUGUAAUAUGAGUGGAAAGAGUACCUAUGUUCGCUCCGUAGCUUUGAUGACUAUCAUGGCUCAGAUAGGCUCCUAUGUCCCCGCCAACUACGCUUCAUUUCCCAUCCUACACCAGUUAUUUGCUAGACUGGGGAUGGAUGACAAUAUCGAAACCAAUGUGUCUACUUUUUCAGCUGAGAUGCGAGAUAUCGCUUUCAUCCUGCGCAAUGUUGACCGGCACAGCUUAGUCAUAAUCGACGAACUGGGUCGUGGUACAAGCACCAGAGAUGGCUUGGCUAUCGCUUUGGCUAUUGCUGAAGCCCUUGUCUCGAGUCGAGCUCUUGUGUGGUUUGCAACUCAUUUUAAGGACCUUGCGACCAUCAUGGGCGAGCGUGCUGGAGUCCAGAACCUGCAUCUGGCAGUUCAGAUUGAUGACGAGCACAGCAUGACUAUGCUUUACAGAGCAACUCAAGGUGUCGUCAGAGAGGUACACUACGGACUCACACUUGCCCGAGUUGUGCCGCUUCCUCCCGGGGUCAUAGAGCAUGCUACGCGAGUUGCACAAAAGGUCGAGCGUCACAUGCUUCAAAGGGAGAAAGCAUCUGAAACAAUACUUCGGGAGAAACGGCGCAAACUCAUUCUGAAUCUCAAGGAGCAUCUCGUCCAAGCACAUAAUGGCGUGCUAGAGGGAGAAGUGCUCACCGCAUGGCUCAAGGAAUUGCAGAAUGAAUUUGUGAACCGUAUGACUGCCCUUGAGGCCGAAGCUGCAAAUACAGACUAUGGGAGCGAAGCCGAGGAUCAGAGCCAGGACGAGAGCGAAAGUAUGAGGGAUAUAUAUGAAUCCGGCGAAGAGGAGCGACCCAGUACCCAUGCCAGUCAACCCUCAAUCACGACGGCGGAAUCACGCAUUCCCUCUUCGGACUUCGAGUCUACGACCAGGGCCCUGUCUGAGGCCUCAACCAUACGGGCAGUCUCAGAAAACGAGCGAUGGUAG